AUGGCCACUUGCAAGCUGAACUUGAUUCUUAUGGAUCUUCAUUUACUGGCAAGGGUUGUCUUCAUUUGGGAAACAAAAAUAUCCCCAGAUACAAAGAGGAUUUUAGAACAGAAAAAUAAAGAAGCUUAUUCAGAGUCAAUUGUUCAGAAUUCCAAGAUUUCUCCAGAAGAAAGAAGGCUACAAAGUGCUCUAUAUCAGAGAUUGCACCCAGAUAAGGAUUUUGUGCUUGACCUAGAUGACCUUGAACAAGCUCUCCAGGAUGUGAACAAAUGCCUGGUUUCUCCAAAAGAGUUCUCUUAUAUUUUCCAUAUUCUUGAACUCCCAGGUCAAAAAUACAGGCUAAACCUCGAACUCUUCUGUGUAGUGGCAGCUCUGUCUGAGAAAGUGACACAGCUUGACCCAGUGAUUAAGAAAUUGGUCAAUAAACUGGAUUUUGAAGCCUUAAGCAUUCGUAUUGAGAAAGCAAAAGAUCUCUGGCAUCUCCUCCAGGACGAUGAAGGAGAGAAAGGAAGGAAAACAAACAAAACGACUGGAGGAUCAGUCAGCAUUCGCCGACUGGCACUUGAGCUGGCAGCAGGUGGAUUUUCAUUGGAGGCUAUUAAUUUUGCCCUGCAGAAGUUCAACCGCGGAAAAGCAGGUGUUCUAUCUUUCCUGGAUUUUGUUACCUACAUCCCCUUGUUUGUCGAAAUCCACGAGGGCAUAGUUCAGAAUCCUCUUUCACUAGUCCCAAACACUGUUCCAGAUCUGGAAGAUGAGCUUCAUAUGAGUGUGAUUUAGAAACACAGAACUGCAAGGUGAAUCCAGCAAUGCAAGAAGACCCAGAUAUGGAAAUCUCAAAUAUAUAUAUAUAUUUAUUUAAUUAAGAAUUUGCUUAAAGUUACUGCUGAUUGCUGUACAAACCUCAAAUAACCUUGUUGUAGUCAGUGCUGAUCAUUAGAGAUUCCCAGUGCAAUAGAGACUUAGGUGAAAGUUUGUGGUAAGGUUGUUCUACUUUCUUCAAAGGCUAUAUAUGAUUCAAUAUAUUCAGUUACAUUAUAAUCCUAUACAGUGGUACCUCGGUUUUCGAAUGUCUCUGCUGACGAAUAUUUCAGUUUUUGAACGCCGUAAACCCAGAAGUGAAUGCUUCGGUUUUCGAACACGCCUUGGAAGUCGAACAUGCCACGCAGCUUCCGCUGAGUGCAAGUUCCUGAGGCCUAGCUGUUGACUGUCAAGUUUUCAGUUUUUGAACGUUUCAGAACGCAAACGGUCUUCUGCAACGGAUUACAUUCAAAAACUGAGCUACCACUGUACAUGCCUACUCAUGUACUGGGGAAUAUUUUCAUGAAACAUCUGCUCCCUUGUAACACUAGAUCAGUUUAACUCCAGUAACAUUCACAGAACCAGUAACAGCUCUUUAAAUUCAAAUUAAUACUUUAAUAUACCGUACUAUCAUUGGCACACAGUUUUUUUCUGUUCCCAAAACAGCUUCUGUGUGCCCUAUAGGAAAGUUAUCUUAACUACAUAAUUGUUUUAAUUACUUUUAGCAUAAUAAAAAUCAUAGUUUUAAUA